AUGGGUCACGGUCAUGUUAGAAGUGCCCAUGAAAAUCAUGAGACUAAUUCUCAUUCUGAAAACAUUUUGGAUGAGAAUUUAUAUUCUCGCCAGAUAUACACAUUGGGAGAAUCAGCAAUGAUGCAUCUUCGGAAGUCAUCGGUGCUGGUAUCUGGGAUCGGUUCAGUAGGUGUUGAAAUCGCAAAAAAUCUCAUACUUGGUGGUGUACGUCAAGUAACUUUACAUGAUACGGCUAAUGCACAGUGGAUAGAUCUAAGUGCGCAGUAUUAUUUAAAUCAAAAAGAUUUGGGACACAAUCGGGCAGCUGCAAGUUUCGAAUAUCUUGCUGAAUUAAAUGAUAGUGUAACUUGCAGCCUUUCAGUCGACGCUCUUACUGAAGAUUUCGUCAAAAAAUUUGAGCUUAUAGUAUUGGCGGAUUCAUCGCUUUCAGUGCAACUUAUGGUUAAUGAGUGGGCUCGUAAACAUGGGCGAUAUUUUUUAAGUGCUGGUGCAUGUGGUCUUUUCGCAUAUAUUUUUCUCGAUUGUGGAAUUAAUUUUAAAAUUGCUGAUGCUACAGGUGAAAAGUGCAAGGAGGUCAUGAUCGAACACAUAGAUAAAGAGACUGGUGACGUAGCCACUCUUGAAGAUGCUAUACAUGGAUUUGAGAGUGGAGACCAUGUGACAUUUUCUGAGGUUGUAGGUAUGGCGGAAUUGAAUGGAAUUGAUCCUAUCGAGAUUAAAGUGAAAAGUCCUAGCGUUUUUAACAUUGGCACCGUUGUUAAAGAAUUUUCGCCGUAUGUGGAAGGCGGCCGUGCUAUUGAAAUAAAGGUUCCGAAGUAUGUAACUCAUAAAUCAUUAGUUGAAUCGCUUAAAACACCAGAGUUUCUUGUAUGGGAUUUUGCACACGCUGAUUAUCCGCGGCAGCUGCAUUUGCUUUGGCAGGCGUUGCAUGCAUAUGAAGCAAAGUAUAAUCGUAAACCACUUCCACGAGAUGAUAAUGAUGUCCUCUUGUUAAAAGCAGAAUUGCCACUCCAGAAUGAUGUGGAAAUAUCCGAAGAUCUUCUUAAAAACUUCAGCUACCAAGCAAGGGGCAAUUUAGCUCCAGUCGCAUCAAUAGUUGGUGGUUUCGCAGCUCAAGAAGCAAUGAAGGCAGUUACUCAUCACAUGACUCCCCUUAACCAGUUUCUUUAUAUACAUUGCUUGGAUGCGCUUCCUGGUAAACAUUCUGAUUUUAAUACAACCAAAAUGUCGGCGCAAGAUUAUGAGCCCAAGAAUUCACGGUAUGAUGGCCAGAUUGCUGUGUUUGGACACAAAUAUCAAGAAGCUUUGAUGUCGCAAAAAUUUUUCAUUGUUGGUGCAGGUGCAAUUGGCUGCGAAUUGUUGAAGAAUUUGGCAAUGAUGGGUGUGGCUUGUGGUGAUGGUGGUAAAAUAAAGAUCACCGACAUGGAUCAAAUUGAAAUUAGUAACCUAAACAGACAGUUUUUGUUCAGGAAGAAAGAUGUUGGGAGUAAUAAAGCAAGCGUAGCUGCUAAAACUGUGUUGAAUUUCAACAGAGAUCUCAAAAUUGAGGCGUAUAAAGAGCGGGUAUCGAUUGAAACGGAAUCGAUUUUCAACGAUCAGUAUUUCGCCGAUCUGAACGGAGUUAUCAAUGCUCUUGAUAACGUUGAUGCUCGGCGAUAUAUGGAUCGACGAUGUGUUUUCUAUCGAUUGCCUUUGUUAGAAUCUGGAACACUGGGUACAAAAGGAAAUACUCAAGUCGUUUAUCCUUAUUUGACUGAAUCAUAUAGCUCCUCGGUCGAUCCACCUGAAAAAGAAAUACCUAUAUGCACAUUAAAAAAUUUUCCGAAUGAGAUUCAUCAUACUAUACAGUGGGCUCGUGAUUUGUUUGAAACUCUUUUCAAGGAACCAGCGGAACUAUCUGCCCGUUUUCAUCAAGACCCUAGACUAUUUCUAACUCGUCUUGAUCAGAUGAAUGGUGGCCAAAGAAUCCAGAUACUUGAACAGCUUAUUGAAUCAGUUGCGGAUAAAAAAACGGAUACGAUCGAAAAAUGUGUUGCCUGGGCUCGGAAUCUUUUUCAAGAGAUAUAUCAUAAUAACAUAGCACAGCUUCUUCAUACUUUUCCUCCAGAUCAGUUAACCGAUCACGGAGGAAAAUUCUGGUCAGGGACAAAAAGAUGUCCACAUGUUUUAGAAUUCGAUUGUAAUAAAGAAGAGCACUUUAACUUUGUCUAUUCUGCUUCCCUUUUACGAGCCCAGCAGUACAGUGUUCAACCAGUUUUGGAUCGGAAAGAGUUCAUAUCAUUAAUUUCAAAGGUUCAAGUACAACCAUUCAUUCCUAAAGCCAAUGUGAAAAUUGCCGUUAAUGACAGUGAACAGAAGCAACAGAAUGAGGAGAUCGAAGAUUCCAAUGAAAAACUCGUGACCCUAAAAAUACGACUAGGGAAAUUGAAAACAAAGGAUCUGGCGCAUCCUGUGCCAAUUGAUUUUGAGAAGGAUGAUGACAGCAACCAUCAUAUAGAAUUUAUUACGGCUGCUUCCAAUCUUCGCGCUGAAAAUUAUGAUAUUCAACCAGCCGAUCGCAUGAAGACCAAACAAAUUGCUGGACGAAUAAUACCUGCCAUAGCGACGACAACUUCUGUGGUUGCUGGUCUUGUCAUGGUUGAAUUAUAUAAGCUGAUUUUAAAUGCAAGCGGGAAAAUUUCACGAAAUAUUCCAUUAAGUACAUUUAAAUGUGCUUUUCUUAACCUUGCGUUGCCAUUUGUCGGAUUCGGCGAGCCAAUAGCUGCUUCAGAGAAAAAGUAUAACGAGAAAGUUUUCACCUUGUGGGAUCGACUUGAAGUGAAAGGACCUUUAACUUUAAGUCAGUUCAUUGAUUGGGUUCAGGAGGAAACAGGGUUGAAAGUUUCAAUGAUUUCCUCCGGCGUGUCACUUAUUUAUAGCUUCUUUAUGAAUGCAGCUAAGCGUGCAGAGCGAAUGAAAAUGGAGCUCAGAUCGGUUGUGGAGGACGUUUCACGUCAAAAGCUUCCUGCUUAUGUGCAUUCUAUUGUGCUAGAAGUGGUAGUUACUGAUGAAAAUGAUGCUGAUGUUGAAGUACCUUAUGUAUUGUAUGUCUUUUGA